AUGAAUUGGAAGUUAAUAUUUUGGUUUACGAUUGGAAUUUCCGUCAACGUUAAUUCCUUAUCCAGACAACAAUUUAAAAACUCAGGGAAAACAUUAAGAAAAAGCUGUAUGGGGAAAACUCAAGUUGCAGAAGAUUUAAUCAAAGAUAUAGAACAAGGGACGUUCAUCGAGGACAAAAACGUUAUGUGCUACAUGGGUUGUAUUUACAAACUGUCGCAAAUUGUGAAAAAUAACAAGCUAAAUUAUGAGGCUAUGAUAAAACAAAUCGAUCUGAUGUACCCACCGGAACUGAAGGAAACCAUGAAAAAAUCAGUGGAAAACUGCAAAGAUGUCCCCAAAAAAUAUGAAGAUGUAUGCGCGCAAUCAUUUUGGUUUACGAAGUGCGUUUACGAAGAUGACCCCAAGAAUUUCAUUUACGUCUAA